UGAGAGUUGGGCCCGGUGCACGAGGGGGAGGAACUGGAUCUCAUGUCGUGUUUAUUCCAUCGUCUCUAUUUCCUCUUUGUUGUGAAACGAGCUGACGGGGCCUUGGGCAUGUCCUGCUGCCUGUGUGGACCUCCCAGGCACACCCUGCGGUUCACGUGUGGCCGCACAGACGCGAGAGCCCACACCACCACCAAAACCAGGCUUCACGCGUCGGUGCCAGAGCCGCUGCCAGCCAUGGAGGAGCCGGAGGAGCAGCCGCCCCGCGAGGCCGACACAGAGCCCGUCGUGACUUCAGGGGCCUCAGAGGCAGUGCCCAGGGUGCUCCCCGGAGACCCCCAGAACCUGUCCGACGUGGAUGCGUUCAACCUGCUGCUGGAGAUGAAGCUGAAGAGGCGGCGAGAGCGGCCCAAUCUGCCGCGCACGGUGACUGAGCUGGUGGCCGAGGACGGGAGCCGGGUGUACGUGGUGGGCACGGCCCACUUCAGCGACGACAGCAAGCGGGACGUGGUGAAGACCAUCCGGGAGGUGCAGCCUGACGUGGUGGUGGUGGAGCUGUGCCAGUACCGCGUGUCCAUGCUGAAGAUGGACGAGCGCACGCUGCUGCGCGAGGCCAAGGAGAUCAGCCUGGAGAAGCUGCAGCAGGCCGUCAGGCAGAACGGCGUUGCCUCGGGGCUGAUGCAGAUGCUGCUGCUGAAGGUGUCCGCCCACAUCACCGAGCAGCUGGGCGUGGCCCCCGGCGGCGAGUUCAGGGAGGCCUUCAAGGAGGCCAGCAGGGUUCCAUUCUGCAAGUUCCACCUGGGCGACCGGCCCAUCCCCGUCACCUUCAAGCGGGCCAUUGCCGCCCUCUCCCUCUGGCAGAAGGUCAAGUUGGCCUGGGGCCUGUGCUUCCUGUCGGACCCCAUCAGCAAGGACGACGUGGAGCGCUGCAAGCAGAAGGACUUGCUGGAGCAGAUGAUGGCGGAGAUGGUGGGCGAGUUCCCCGACCUGCACCGCACCAUCGUGUCCGAGCGCGACGUCUACCUGACCUACAUGCUGCGCCAGGCCGCCCGCCGCCUGGAGCUGCCGCGCGCCUCCGACGCCGAGCCCAGGAAGUGCGUCCCCUCCGUGGUGGUGGGUGUCGUGGGCAUGGGCCACGUCCCCGGCAUCGAGAAGAACUGGACCACCGACCUCAACAUCCAGGAGAUCAUGACCGUGCCCCCGCCGUCCGCCUCGGGCAGAGUGUCCCGCCUGGCCGUGAAGGCCGCCUUCCUGGGCCUCCUGGGCUACGGCCUCUACUGGACAGGGCGCCGCGCCGCCAGCCUGCUCCUGGCCCUGCCCGCCGCCCGGCACUGCCUGCAGAGGCUCUCCGACGCCUGGCCGCGCAAGUAGCAGGACAGACGGAGCCAGCGCGUCCUUGCGGAGGGGCCCCCGUGGGGGUCCCGGCCCAGCCUCGCCCGCCCGCCCCCAGCCCGCCCAAAUAAAAGAAUCGGGUCACUGUCUGAGCUCCGGCCUACCCGCAGCCCCUCCGCCCUGCCCCUCCCCCGUGGGCUGUUAGGAGGCUCACGCGGGGCUCGGGAGUCCAACCGGCCCCUUCCUCUCCGUGCCUUCUCUCCGAGGCGGGCGGCGGGGGUGUCUCACGGGGGUUAGGCCGCUCCCAGGGCGGGCUGGGCUGUGCAGCCUUGGGGUGUCCCCUGGGAGCGACUCCGCUAGGCUCAGGCCCCCAGGAAGCGCCAGCAGCAGCUCUGCCUGCAGAGAUUUUGUGUUUGGGGCUUUUAAAAAUGUCUGAAACUUUUUUACUCAGGUAAUUUUAACUUAAACUGAAGCAAAUGUCAGGAAAUACUAGCCUUAAACCUGGUUGGGACAGAGAACGUCUUUUUCUUGAGUCUCAGUCCUGGGAAGAUGAGCAUGUGGGCAGCCAGGCCAGCCCCGUGCCUGCCUCCAGCUGCUGGGGUCCUGGGCCCAGGACUCCACCCUCUUGGUGGCUGACCUUGCUUCCUGUGCGGCUGGCGGAGGGACCUGGGGUCGCCCUUUGCCCUCUGGACAGAUGGUGGCUGCCAGCAGGGCGUCCGCCUUGCACGGGACCCAGUCGGGCCCAGUUGGGCCCCACACAGCACUUGCCUCGUCGCCGCCUGUCUGCGUGUCUCCUGCGUAGCGUCUGGGGCCCACGGCCACGUCUGAUUGUGUGUGUGUCGACUCAGUGUCCAGAUAAGGUGAAGUCCACACCACGGGCUGGACCAGGUUGUUGUCACUCACAUGCUCCUAUACCCGUCUCUCAGAAACUGAAAUAAAAUCUAAUUUUGGAA